AUGGAGGUUGCUGCUCUUAAUCUUGAGACUGAAGAGUUAUUAGAGCCAUCAGCUCAGAUCUACCGCGCCAUCACCGAAGCAGCAAAUGAAGGAGUUGUGGCCGAUUUGAGUUCGGAAGAAGACGAAGAGACUACUUUCUUGAGACAGGACUUGGAACACUACAAGAGAUUGCCGUUUUUGAAAAGACCCUCGAUAUGGCAGAUUGUGUUUAUUUGCGCUGCGAUUACAACCUUCUUGUCGGCUGCGGAACCUUUUAGACAACAAAUCAUGUUCCAAUUGGCAUGCAACAGUGUUGAGAUCCGACACCGUUGCGACCCGGCGCUUACUCAACUCUUGAUCAGUGACUACAAUCAGUACGCCAUGGUUGGCAUGACGCUUAUCUCAUUAUUUGGCGUGUCCAUCUUUGGCUACUCCGACAUUGUUGGCAGGAAACCGUUUUUGGUGGUGACGCUUGCCAUGUUCACCAUCAGUCGAAUGUUGGAGCUAUACUUGAUGACGCAUUUCGAUACGUUUCAAUUCAUCCCGUUGGUCUUGGCAUCUUAUGUGUCUGCCUUAUCUGGUGGCUACCUCAUCAUUGGCUCAAUUAUGGACUCCUACAUAAGUGACAUUUGUCUUGCUCAAGACCGAACGCAAGCUUUGGCCUUGGGCGCAUCGGGAAGCUACAUUGGUCAAUCGAUUGGCCCCGUGUUGGGCGCCUACUUGGGCAGAAUUGCAAAAUCAUUCGAUCCAAACACGGGUCUCCCCGCGGGAGAAGUUCACCUUUCUUCGAAACUUACAGAGUCGUCCAAGAUUGCCGAGAGUGACUAUUUCUUGCUCAAGAUUGAAGUCGUGGUGUUUCUUUUGACUACACUCUACCUGCUUUUCCUUCUUCCCGAGUCUAGAAGUGUUAAAGUUAGAGCAAAAUCAAGGCUGAUGUCGCAAAGUUUAUCAAUCAGCCAAGCUCGCGCGCAACUUCUCGUGGCUCAAUCAUCUACGCAACCUACUUUGGCUUCUAGAGCCCAAAGCAUGAUGCAAAUGGCGUUGAAAAUAUUCGAGCCGUUGAAAGUGUUGCUUGUUCCCAAGGAAGUCACCAGCGCAUCUAGCCGCCAUCGGAUAUUCCGCUUGAGAUAUAUGGUGAUUAUUUUAACUACAACAACCGUCACUUACCAAACCUUGAUCCUUUCGCUCGGCCAGGUGUUGUUGCAGUAUGGAGUUUUCAAGUUUGAAUGGGGCUCAAGCGAGAUUUCAAUAUUGCUCACGGUUACGGCAGUGACCAAGUGUUUUGCGUUGGUCGUUGUGCUUCCAUUUUACCAAAACACGGUGCUUCAAAUCUGGCUCGGAUUCAAAGUGUUAAAGACCCAAAUGGACUUGGUUGACUUGAUUACGAUGAUCACCAGCUUGCUAAUGGAUUUCGCCAUCUUUGUGUUGCUUUAUUUUGCAAAGUCUUCAAGGGACAUGUUUGUAUUGUGUGGGUUCCUUUGCCUUGGUGGGUUCUUAGGUCCAGUUUCCAUCUCGACCAUCUUGAAAACCGUGACCAAGAUAGGACCAUUGUUUGCAGCAAACGCCUUGUUGUUGAAUAUCGUCAGCAUUGUGUCACCGAUUGCCAUUCUUGGUGUCUACAAAGGCUUGGUGAGCCAUGACCGCGUCAGUGAGAUCUUCUUGGUCUAUGCCGCAGCUAUGCCCAUUUCCAUUGCCGCAAUCUAUUCAUGCAAAUUCGUGUUGGGAUUGAACCGUGGCACCACCGAUGAGAGCUUAAAGAGGAGAGAGCUGGCUCUUUCCGAGAAUUGA